AUGGCCGCUUCCACCAUCGUCUUCAACCCAGCCGCGGGCGCAGCGGCACCGAGGAGGGGCGACUCGAAGGGCGAUGCGGGAUCGAGGAGGAUCGUGUCAUUCCGAUGCCUGAAACCGUCGGGUCCGCGGACCGCUGUUCCUCUCCUGCGCGCUGGUUUUGGGUCGGGCGGUUUCGCUUCCUCUGGUGGGCUCCCUUCUGCCGGUAAUCCAAACUCGGCUCACUUUUUGUCUUCUCAUGUCUCAAUCUGGUUCGCAUUUAGUUCUCUACGAACGUGACCGGAUUGGUUGUUUUUCUUCAUUGUGCUCAACUGAUUAUUCCUCUCUGGUGAUUCUCCGUGUGUUCUGGUGGGAUGCCUUUAAUGGUUGUUUCACUGGGUCAAGGAUUGAGAAAUCUGUGUCGGAAAAGGAGCCUGGGGUUUGGAAUGAUUAGCGGGUUUUCCUCUCUGACACGAUUCAAGAGUGUUUCAAGUAAAAAUGCAAUGUAAAUGCACGACAUGGAGAACCUGCAUGGAAUUGUUAUCAGCUCAGAUAAAUGGAGAAACUAGAAUAGCAUUCCUCUGAAUGUUUUAUCAUAAAUAAAUUAUCUUAAAAUGAACCACGAAUGUUCUAGAUUAAUUUCGGAUCCAAGGAGAGGAUACCUUGUUCCAGGAUCUGACGAGGGAAUGCUGUUGAAGGUGUCUGCUGGUUUUAUGGAUUAGGCCUUUGCCAAGUGAAAGCUACAUGGUACUUUUUUUCUUCGGGUUCUUUCAAACAGUAGCCAUCAAGUUAUCUUGCGAAAUCUCCCACCCUCACUUUUCGUUACUUUGCCUUUCAUCAAUCGGUUAGCUUGAAAUUACAAGAAACUUGUGUUCAUCAUUUCCAUAUUUAUCCAGUGAUGGGAAUAGUAAUCACCGAAUUUUAGUGGUUAGUAUCUAGAGUCCACUCAGGAAUCACGAAGAAGAUAGGACUAUCUCCCCCACGCCAAUCCCCCAACCCUUAUUAAUUUUGUUGAAUGUUCACCUUCUUGUAAUUCAGUGCAUCAUUUGUCAUUCUCUUUUUCUGCAUUCUAAGAUGUUGUUUGCACCUUUUUCUAUGCGGUAUUAGAUAUUAAGAUGUGACAAUUCUUUUGAGAACAAAUAGUCAAUAAAUAAGGCUCAGCAAAUAUUAUGUUUUCAAAGGAUUGACGAAUAAUUUUCAUUCUCUUUAUCCAGUUUAUUUUCCAUCUUUUAAAUGUGUGUUAUGAUAUAAAACAUGCAAAUUGUAUGAACCAGGCAGACUCAGUUGCGCUUACAGUUUCAUUUUGAAAGUUGGUGGAGGAUGGGGUUAAAUUCACUUGCAUAGCAAUAACUACUCCAUCAUUUCUGUUUGUUAGUGGAUGAUCAUGUAAUCUGUCCAAAUUUAGGUGUGCAAACUGGCGUUCUGACUACUGAACAAGCAUCUGUUCAGGACGUUCAAGAACUAGGAGGUCCUGUUGUUGUAAUUACUGGGGCUUCCCGGGGAAUAGGGAAAGCAAUAGCAUUGGCGCUUGGCAAAGCUGGUUGCAAGGUUAGUAAUGAAGUCGCGGAUGAUUUCAUUUCAAAACUAGUUUAUUUAUUAAGUGCUUGCAAAUUCCCUUUGUAAUUUUUCAAUCAAGUUUUAUAUACAUUUUACUGGAUAAACAGUUUGGCCAUAGGGUGCAGGUCUUAAGAUAAUUGGAAGAUUAACUGGAAAAGGCCUACUCUCCAAUUUCGAUCCCUUGUCAUACUUUUGAAAUUCCUUGGAACUGAAAUCAACCGGCUGAAGCAGCUUGUGAUGGGUGGGUAUUGGUGGAAAUCAGGUCAAAAUCAUUCAGAUGAAAUACAUCUGCUUCCAUAAAAUAUUUUUGGAAGAUUCAAUGAAGUAAGUUCUAGAAGUGCAAGUGUAAUGUUUAAAGAUUCAAUGUGUGUUAUGAACAAUGAUUAGCAAGAUUCAUGCCAUCAGAACAACGUAUAUCACAGCAAUUUAAGGUCAUCUUCACGUCACUAUCAAGAGGAACCUGCUUUUCCUGCUACAAUUGCCUCAAAUAUUUCUCUUGGAAGAAGAAAGGGCUAUCUUAACAGAUUUCUCAAAUUCUAUGUUAGACAUGCUUUUACUACUAUUCAUGUCAAUCUAGUGUGAUUAUUUUUGCUGCAUUAUUGUUUUGGGCUUUGAGAUGCUGAUAGUUAACGAAUAACCCUUGCUCUGAUUCUUGAUAAGGUGGUCGUGAAUUAUGCAAGGUCAUCAAAGGAGGCUGAGGAGGUUUCACAAGAGGUGAGUCUGGUUAUUCUGUGAACAUUAAAAAAAUGGUUAUAAUUUACAAAUGCUUGUUCGACAUGAGGAUAUAUAAAUCUCAAUGAUUUAUGCACAUUUAACUGAUAAUUUAACAACAUCACAAACACCUUAGGAUGUAAAGAUUUUGGGAAAUUGAUGAUACCCUGACCUGGAGCAGCUGACAGACAGCAAGGAAUAUGGAAACGAAAGAGAAUAGACACUGAAAUAGAAGAGCGCAAAGUAGAAAACAGAGAUUUGGGUUUGUGUGAACCCUAGAAUCCAGAGUGGUUGCUUGUGAAGAUCACGGCUCUCCCUCAGCCUAUGGCUUUCCCCAAAUAGAUCGCUCCCUCCUUACCAUUCCCGAUCCCAACCCUAAUGCCUUUCUCCCUUGGUUGGGAAAAGACCUAAUAGUCCCUGACUUAGUCUUCAUGAGAGGGGUUUUUUGGGUUUCUCUGUUGGGUCAUUUGGGCCCCUUUCUCCAUCCAGAGUGCGUGAGGCCCACUAGGGACCUAUCAGAAAGACGCAGGAGAAUGAAAUAGAUGAAUUCAGAGCAGGUCUCCAUCCAGAGUGGUUGCUUGUGAAAAUGAUUUCGUAAGCCUUAAUAAAUAAUUACCUAUAUUCUGCGAUAUCCUAAUCGAGUUCGGGAUUUGCCUCUCUUUACAUCAUCUCAUCUUUGAUUUCUCUUUGUUGACUUUCUUACCUGCGACUGGCGCAAUCAUUUUCUUACUUCAACAAGGCUUAAAGCUAUCGCUUGGUUGACUGUAAUUUGUCUACCAGGGACCCAAAUUCUUCACUAGUCUUCAUCUAGUGGAAGUUUAUUUAACAUAAUAAAAUAACUGGCGUUGACCUGAAAUACUGCAUAUGUAUCAUAUCGAGUGUCAGAGCAGAAAAUAACUGAUGCUGAUGGAAUACUAGCGGCUCACGUUAGUUUCAUAGGGCAACCAUAUAUCUGUUUCACCAAGCUUUGGUCUUUUAAUACCUGUGAGUCUUUUCUUCUGUGACGUAUACAAACGACUUGGAUCUUAAAUUUAUGACACAUUUAGCUUUUAGCACCUGCAAAAUCACAGAAUCAGCAAGGUGAACGCCAUUUACUGAUUUUACUGCAGAUUGAGGCAGCUGGGGGGCAAGCUGUUAUCUUUGGUGGAGACAUUUCAAAAGAAGCUGACGUGGAAGCCAUGUUCAAGACUGUGAGUAUAGCGGUGUUUCCUUAUACAGAACCCUGAAAAAUUACAUUUCAUCAUCUGAUGUCAAAACUUACCUUUCAGGCUGUCAACACAUGGGGAACUGUUGAUAUUUUGGUCAACAAUGCAGGUCAUCUUGACUUAAAGCUCUUCCCUCUCCCCUCCUACUCCUGACAACACCUCUUGGCAUCUCCAGGAAUUACCCGAGACACCUUGCUAAUGAGGAUGAAGACGUCUCAGUGGCAGGAGGUCAUUGACACUAACCUCACAGGUGUCUUCCUCUGCACUCAGGUAUGGACCUUCUUGGCCCCCGCAUCCAUGGUUUAUGUAUAUACCCAGCUGCUGAAUAUACCUUCUACUCACAGGCUGCGGCAAAGAUAAUGAUGAAAAAGAAGAAGGCAAGCUCCACUUCUUUUCUUACACAUUUUCUCGUUAACAUCUGUUAUUUCCCCUCUUUUUGCCGAUAUUUUAAUGUAACUGUUAAUCGAUCGACUGGGUUCUUCAGGGCAGGAUCGUCAACAUAUCAUCUGUGGUGGGUCUUGUGGGCAAUGCUGGGCAGGCUAAUUACAGUGCUGCCAAAGCCGGAGUGAUUGGGUUGACCAAGAGUGUCGCCAAGGAAUACGCUGGCAGAAACAUCAAUGUGAGCUUGGACCAUAAAACAUUUACUUACCAAAAAAAAUUCUUGGCCUAGUUGAAAAAUUCCUUUGAUCAUACUGAAUUUCUUAAUGCUACAUUUUUUUAGGUUAAUGCUGUUGCUCCUGGUUUUAUUGCGUCUGAUAUGACUGCCAAGCUUGGAGCAGACAUUGAGAAGAAGAUUCUCGAUAGCAUCCCUUUGGGUAAGAAUUCUCUUGAAGAACCGUUCAUCGUGUUGAAGAACAUCCCUGCCCAAUGUUCAUGUCUGAUCGAAGACUCAUGGUUUACGUUUUUUGAAAUUAAGGAUCAUUUCCUUUUUUAUUAUUUUUUUAAUACAUCCCUUGUCACGGUUGGAUGUGAAUAAACCUCAUUUGAAGGCAUUACCAGGUUUUGGUCUUUCUUCUCUCUUUCUGGCUUUUUCUCGGUGAGAUUUUCUCUCUCUAACUGAAUCCGUCUGUAUGAGAUAAAAAUGAGGAUUGCACGGCUUUAAUUUCGGCCUUUAUUGAAGAAGAAAACCAGGUUUAGAGGCCCUUUCCCAUUUGAAGAUGCUGAGAUCAGAGAGGAUGAGCAGUCGGUCUCAUUCUUUUUUCUUGAUUUUGCAGGCAGGUACGGGAAACCAGAGGAAGUUGCCGGCCUGGUGGAAUUCCUGGCUCUCAACCCUGCUGCGAGCUACAUAACCGGGCAGGUAUAGAGAGAGAAAACGUCUUCAUUCAUCUUGGAAUUUAUCAGCAGCUGGAUCAAAUGGUCCAUGCCUCCUCCUACCCAAUUCUUAGGGAAUCAUCUCAUUUAUCGGCCUUCACUGUUCUUACUCUCUCUCUUUCUCUCUCCCCUUUCUCAAACGCCAAAACUAGUGCCUUGAUAAAAACCCAGAACGCCGGAAGGGAGAAAAUUAUAGCAAAGGACUAUCGCUGAAAAACCCUCUCUUUGUCUCUCUCCGUAAGCACCCUCACCAGGGUAGAAAGACCAAUCUCUCUCUCUCUCUCAAUGAUCCUUCUAUCUAAGCUCCCAAAAUCUGUUCUUCCUUUAUAGCUGUUGGAUUCUCUCCACUGGCCUCCGUUGAUCCUUCGCUGGUCUCAACUGCAGGUGUUCACCAUUGACGGGGGAAUGGUCAUGUAA